AUGAGUCUACUAUCGUCCUCUGUCACAAACCAUGAGGUUGACAACCCGGGGGUGAUCCCUACUUCGGGAGACACAGUGCUUGCAGCUGCGGCAAUGUCCGUGUGCCGUUGGCUGAGACGCAGACCACUAGAUUCGCGGAAAGACCUUUUCGAAGUGUUCAGGGCAGCCAUGCGUUUCCGCGAAUCCACUGUGUUUCACCUGCAAUGCGUGAAAACAAACGGCGCGUACGCAUUCCGCAUGGUCAAUACACGUAUCGAGACCCCGGAGGUUUCACCGGUGACCCCGUCAACACCGGCCCUUGCGGAGCGCGAUCGACCGACCUCUACAAACUUACUGGCACGGACACACACUGGGUCUUUCGGGACAGACCGACGGACUCAAAGCACUCUCACCCGCACUCACACGUACACUCUCCACAUCUACGGACAGACACAGAGCACAACACCACCCACUCGCCUCCUCCACCGCGUCGCGCUGCCGGUCAAUCCCGAGAGCACGGGUUCUUCUCUGAUCCACCAGAAGGUGGCCCCACCCACAGAAGGCCAGGGGUCCCCGGUCCUGUCAUUCAUCACUCUGGAGCAGUUCAACGCCAUCCGCCUGGUCCAGAGCAUCCACCAAUCCCUGGCUGCACUGAGCAAAGUCAUCAGAGGGACCCAACUGCUGACUCCUGAAGUCCAGAAACUGGCCACCGCCCUGCUCAAUCAAGAGGUAAGAAAGGAGAAAGAAGACAGCGAGUAGUCAUACAUUGAAACACAUAGCAUAAGCAUUUUCACAGU